UUCUGAUAGAAAGUAAAAAUUGAUUGGACUCAUAAAAAGAGCUUACAGUCUUGGAAUUAACUUCUUUGACAUAGCUGAAGUUUAUGGCUAAGGUGAAGGGGAAAUCUAAUUUGGAGAAGCCUUCAAAGCUCUAGGAGCUCCUAGAUAAGAAUUAGUCAUUUCUUCUAAGAUCUUCUGGGCAGUUCCACCAACUUCAGUUGAUAUUAAAAAAUUUAAUUAAAUUGGUUUAUCUCGCAAGUAUAUUCUUGAUAGCCAAUUUAAAGAGACUUCAAUUAGACUACUUAGAUAUAAUCUUUUGCCAUAGAUUUUAUGAAGAUAUUCCCUUAGAAGAAACUGCUAAAGCUUAUAACGAUUUAAUCGAAUAAGGACUUAUUCACUACUGGGGAACAUCAAGAUUAAAUAUUAUCCCUCCUGUUUCUGAACAACCUUAAUAUAGCAUGAUUAUAAGAGAAAAAUUUGAAGUUGAAUACAGAAGACUUUUUGACAAGUACAAAUUAAGAGCUACAGUUUGGAGUCCUCUCUACAACAAUAUGUUAACUGAAUAAAUAAUUAGCAUUUUGCUGAUAACAAAAAAGAAAUAUUGAUAAAGCUCCUAAAUGCUCUAGGAAACAUUGCUAAGAGAUUAAAAUGCACUUAAUCAUAAUUAGAAAUGGCUUGGGUUCUUGCAAAUACCAAUUACUACUGCAAUCACAAGUGCUAUUAGACAUAAAUAGCUUGAUGACAUAGUUA